AUUCAAAAUAAAAGCAAAAGCUGCCAAGAACUGGAGAGUAAGCCGUAAGAUCAAACCGCACCAAAAAUGUCAGUUCCCGCGAUGUCCACGACCGUCGGAUCGUUCCACCUGUCGAGAUCUCACGGCACCCCCAGCAGGAGCUUCCCUCGAGUCAGGAUGGCCGUCCGAUCCGGCGCUGUUUCGGUGGCUCCGAUCUUGACCAACUUACAGAAGGACUGCGCCACUUCUCUGCCUGUUCUCAGCCACGUGGCAGACGCAAUGGCCGCCGACAUGCGUGCCGGACUCGCCGCCGACGGCGGAAGCAACCUCAAGAUGAUCCUCAGCUAUGUCGACAGUCUCCCCAGCGGGAACGAAAAGGGUUUGUUUUACGCAUUGGAUCUUGGAGGCACGAAUUUUCGGGUACUAAGAGUGCAAUUAGGUGGUAAAGAAGAGCGUGUAAUAGCCACUGAAUUUGAGCAAGUCUCCAUUUCUCAGGAACUUAUGUUUGGAACCUCUGAGCAACUUUUCGACUUUAUUGCUUCAGGAUUGGCCAAAUUUGCACAAAAGGAAGGUGGGAAAUUUCACCUGCCCUCUGGUAGAAUGAGAGAGAUUGGCUUCACAUUUUCAUUCCCUGUGAAGCAGUUAUCAAUUGAUUCCGGCAUGCUGAUAAAGUGGACGAAGGGGUUUGCCGUCUCUGGAACGGCAGGGAAAGACGUUGUUGCUUGUUUGAAUGAGGCUAUGGAAAGGCUUGGAUUGGAAAUGCGAGUGUCUGCUCUGGUUAAUGAUACUGUGGGAACACUAGCUGGGGCGAGGUACUGGGACGAUGAUGUGAUGGUUGCGGUGAUUUUGGGUACCGGAACCAAUGCUUGCUAUGUCGAACGCAACGACGCUAUUCCUAAACAGACGGGUCAUGCCUCUGCUUCUGGCAGAACGAUUGUUAAUACCGAGUGGGGAGCCUUCUCAAAUGGUCUUCCUUUGACUGUUUAUGACAGAGAGAUGGAUGCUGCUAGUAUCAAUCCUGGUGAGCAGAUUUUUGAGAAAACCAUAUCAGGCAUGUAUCUUGGUGAAAUUGUAAGGAGAGUGCUGCUGAAGAUGACUGAAGAGGGUGAUUUGUUUGGUAAAUCUGUUCCAGUGAAACUAUCAAAUCCUUUCAUACUUAGGACUCCAGAUCUUUGUGCUAUGCAGCAGGAUAGCUCGGCCGAUCUUCAAACGGUUGGAUCAAUCUUAUAUAGCGUUGUUGGGCUAGAGUCCAAUUUUAGCGCAAGGAGGAUUGUGGUGGAUGUAUGCGACACGAUCGUGAAGCGAGGAGGCCGGUUAGCUGGUGCUGGGAUUGUAGGUAUCCUGCAAAAGAUGGAGGAGGACUCGAGAGGCCUCAUCUUUGGGAAGAGAACUGUUGUGGCUAUGGAUGGAGGGUUGUAUGAAAACUAUCCACAGUACAGAAGAUAUUUACAAGACGCAGUUACGGAGCUUCUAGGAACAGAGAUUUCGAAGAAUGUCGUCAUAGAACAUUCAAAAGAUGGAUCUGGUAUAGGGGCUGCUCUCUUGGCUGCUUCAAACUCCAAGUAUGAGCAUGAAUUUUAGAGCAGGUUGAAGUUUUGACAACCUUGUAAUGUAAUUAGUGUAAGAUAAAAAAUAUUGUUGAUUUUGUGAUUUAGUUGGAUUCGGCGGUGGUUAAACAAGAAGACUUAGUGUGAGUUUAGGAAUUCACUUGGAAGUUGUCAUUUCAGGGGUGACUUGUAGAACAUUUGAGGUUGUUUAUACGCCAUUGCUCUGAGGUGUCAUUUUUUGUGCUUUAUUUCUUGCCACAAAUGAUUAUGUUAGUAAUCAAGGAUUCAAGUGACUGCAAGUACUUGUGGGAGGAUCGCAAGUUUAAUUC